GUAAAGAUGGAGUUUACACGUUUAGGGCACAAGGUGGAAUUUACCACUUAAUUGGAUCUCUGCUUCCAAUAGAUGGAAUACCGAAAUUUCUCCAAUUAUACAUCUAUGAUACUGAAUUUGAAACGGCUAAUAGACUUUACAUUAUGCCUCAACUUCGUCAAGAUAUUUUAGAAUUUAUCAAAUUAAUGUUGAAUCAAUUAAAUCCUUUUAUUAUCAAUUUUCGCUCUAUAUCAUCUUAUAUGAAUAUAGCUGAACUUUGCUUGCUUAUAAGAGCUGAUCAUGGUUUAGACCAACGUGUUUACAACAAACCGACAGCCUCGCAGGUUGCCGCCGUCUGGGUGGAAGGUAAUAACUCCAUAGAAUAUGCAGAACGUGAUAUAAUUGUGCAAUCACAAUCUAAAGAUUUAAUAAGAAUUUCUGAAUUAAGUGGGUCAUAUGACCCAAUGCAAUAUCCACUACUUUUCCCUCAAGGCGAUUAUGGCUGGCAUCCAAAUAUAUUACAAUAUGAAUCACAAAAAAAAAAUGGAAUUCCUGACGGCCAACUCCGAAUCAACGCAGUCCUUCUUCACAUAAAACAUCUUCUCGAACAACAUCAUAAAUGUCUAAAUGACUUCGAUCUUCCUACACUUAUUCUACCAUACGAUCUUCCAAAUGAACUACCAAGACUCAUACUAAACGAAUUAAAUAUUCCUGUAUCAGCUGAAGAUUUGGAAAAAAUUAGACUAUUAAAUGAAGAGCAAAAAUUAAUAUUUGAUACUGUAAUGGAAAUAAAAAUAUUCCGUCUUCAUCGUAAUAUGCGCACUGAGAAUAAUCCUGAAGCAACCAAUUUUAAUAAUUUUUUGAUGAGAAUUGGAAAUGGAACAGAAGAAACUAUCAAUGAUAAUAUGAUUCGCGUACCAAAUAACAUGAUAAUCAAUUGGAAUGAUGAAAAUUCAUUACAAACUCUUAUAGAGGAAAUAUACCCAUCAUUAUCUGUUCGCUCUUUAAACGCUUCUUACUUCACCGACAAAGCCAUACUCACUACUAAAAAUGAGUAUGUCGACGAUAUUAACAGUAAAAUGUUAAAUCAACUACCAGGUGAAAUCAUAACUUAUCGAA